UGGAGUGGCAAUUGGGGUGAUGUUAAAGUAUGCGUUGUUUUGAAAUAGACUGAUACCCAUGGUCCUGGGCAUCAAUUAGAUGAUUCUUGUCCUUGAUAAGUCCGGACGCCAGGUGUCUCUUGUCUCCCGCGAACUGUAAAUGGAAACGCGUUUGACAUUGUAGGAUUUCUUCCCAGGCCGACAUAAGAUCUACAAGUUAAAACUAACGUUACAAGCCAUCCGGCUUUUGAGUUGUUGUUAUUGCCUGUAACUUCAGAUCCAGACAGUCAACGUGAAAAGUGCAGAAUGACAACCAACGAUGCCCAUAGACUUGCCCUCCAGUCCUUCCUCUCUCGGGGUGUCAUGUCCAUCACUGAGGUCAAAGAACUACACAAGACUGCUUGCGAGACAUUCAAUGUGCACUUUGAAAACACCAUGGAAUGCCUGCAGAGUUUCUUAGAGAAGAUCAAUGAGAACAUCAGCAGUGUUGGCAUGGAGAUCCGAUCCAAGAAGGAUGAGGAAAAGGGCAAGCUUAUGUUUGCUCUUGUCAGGACGACGGAGUCUGAGUUGGGCAGGCUGUCCUCGGACUAUCAGAAAAACGAUCUUGAGCUUUUCAAGAAAAUUCUGGAUUUAAUUGUUGAGUCCGAGUCUGGCAGUGCAUCUUCUACAGAUGUCUUGAACCUGACUAGUCAUCUUAAAGAGAAGAUGUCAAAACAAGAAGCACAGAAAAUCCUGAGCAGACUUAUCAAAGAAAAAUGGCUGACAGAGAGUCAGGGUGAGAUUUCGUUAUCACCAAGAUCAAUGAUGGAACUUGAGCACUACUUGGCCGAUGUCUAUGAGGAGGAUGUUAGAUAUUGCCACCUGUGUAAAGAAAUAGCUCUAAAGGGUGAGUUAUGCUCCUGUGGGCUGAAGCUGCACAGUUUCUGCGCUGCUCGUCUCUUUCGGGGGAAAAGUGACUUCAGAUGCCCUGGCUGUGAAGAAGUCUGGGAUUAUGACAUUCCUUUGGAUGAAAGAGCUUCCAACAGUGCAACUAGUAAGGACACAGUGACAGGACGCAAGAGAAAAGAACGGCUGUGAAUCAAACUGUUAACAUCACGCUACAACUCACAUCAUUUACCUGACACAUCAUUGAAUACCAAGAGAUGCCACUACUGGGCAAAUCUCUGAUAUAAGCAGCCCCUUGGGAUUGUAGUAUCAGGACAAAUAUUAAGAUGCACUGUCGUUUUGUCAGGUAGGCAGGGACAGUGCAUGACAUUUGAUAUGUGACAUCAUGUGUCAUGCUCCUUGUGGACUCACAGUGCUGCAGUGACAGUCUGGGACAGUGUCUUACUAGCAAAAUCUGAGCUACAAAUGUAUGUCAAAAACGAGCAUUCUUUCAGAUUUCUCCAUUUCUAUUGGUUAACGAAAACAUCUCACAACUCCUUUGUGAUCAAUUUACCAGGUCAUUGGUCUCUGCAGAAGUUUGCAGUUUGAAUAUACAUCCUCAUGUAAGCUGGGGUUUAGUCACUUAGGGUUUUUAUUGAUGUAGGGUCGAGUUUGUAAAGAAAUUUUCAGAAUUCCUGCUUUGGUUAACUAUAAAGUUUUUCUUUAAUGCCUGCAUAAUUUACAUCACUUCAGGGCUUUUGCAAAAGUCACUUUACAAUUUAAACCUCUUAAAAUGAGAUUUGGUCCUCUUUGUGAGUGGAUAGUCAGUUUAAUGGAUUGGCCAAGCUCAUUCUGGCCUUCUCUGGACACCAGACCAUGACAUCAAGAAAAUGACGCCUUAAGUUUAAACAAUCUAGAAAGUUUCAAAAUACAAGUAUUUUUAUGAGGCAUACAUAUAGUACCAUUUAUUUUCCAACAGUAUUUUCUCUAAGCAUUCCAACAAAAGUGCUUUGAACAAAUAAAUUGUAAAAAGCAAAAUACAAAUCGAGCUACCUUUCACUCCAACAAGUAACGUCUCAAAAUAUGUGAAACAUUUUUCCCUUUUUGAGUUAGUUACAACAAAGCUUUCCUGUGAACACAACAAACCUUAAACCAAUUUUUCUUCUUCGGAUGUCAAAUGCAGGAACUUGAAAUUUGUAAAUUCUAAAGACAAAAUGAUGUUUUGAAAGCAAUUACAUGUAUAUCCUAAUUAAAAGAAGAAAAAUUUCAGAGCUCUGCUUUAUGGAAUAAGUAUUGAAACAUACAUGUACAUCUAUUCUAAGACCCAUUUCAAAUGUCGUGCUUAUGUCGUGUCAAAUAAAAUUCCAUUGAGCAUGAAAUGAGCAUGGCGUAA